AUGGCAACUGUUCGAAAAACCAGAAAUCCCAAAACUAAUAGCUUUACCUCUAUUUUGGAUCAGUUCCUAAAUAAAUAUAACCUAUCAGCUGAAUCAACCCCACUUCAAUUAUGUGCCCAUGCUGAUGAGCUUAAUGCUAUGCUUCCAAAUUGGAAGGCUCACAAAAGAAAAGAAAAAUUUACUAUCAAGGAAAGGGCUCAGCGUUUUGCUGAAAGUGGGGAUUUAUUUGAUAUAUAUGUUGAUACUUUAAAAUUAGUUAAGACGAAAAAUGAUAGUGAUAAGGAAAUAGUUGCUUCCAGCUUACGUUAUUCAUUGUAUCGUAAGGAAUUGGAAAAUGCUGGAGUCGAUCCCAAAAUAAUUUCGUUAGCCAAGAAUCCAGAAAUUACUCGAGCUUCUAAUAAAAUACAGAAAAAGCAACUUGAACGGGAAUUAAUCAGUCGACCUAAAACACCUAAACACUUCUCUUUAGAAGAGGGGCUUAGAAGACUUCAGAAUAUCCGUAUCACUGAGACCCCCACUCUACAAAAUCUCGCAGAUACGAUCAUGAUGUUGAGCAUGAGACCCGCUGAAGUAACUACUCUUCGCAUUAUCCAUUAUGAGCCUGACGAAUCAAAUCCUCCCGAAUGGUAUAAUCCCGAUUACUCUUGGUAUUGUACUGGGUAUAUUAAAAAUAAAGGAGAAGCAAAAAACAAUCCUGAACCUCGACCAUUCCUAUCCAUGAAAAAGAAUCCAGAACGUGCAAGAGAGUUGCUUACCUGGAUCCAAAAUGCAAUAGCAAUUGGAAAGUUGCGUGAUCCUGUCUAUAGUAUUAAUGGAAAACGCAGUACAAGAGUAUUUAGUAAAUUUUUAAAACCAUAUGGUAUUACAGCUAAAAGAUUAAGAAAAAUCGGAGGUAAACAUGCUUCUAGAGUUCAUAGUGGUCAAAAUCCAACUUCACAACAUCUUGCUCUCCUCAGCAGGAUUGCAAUGAGGCAUAAGAUAGAUCGUCAUGAUUCUGGAAUGUAUUAUGCUGAGGGUGAUACUUCGGAUUCUGAUCUUGACUCAGAUCUAAAGCCUGAACCUGAAAUUCGAGCUUUUAUAACUAAGCCAAUUGAUAAAAAUACUUCUACAUCUGAAGUCGAGGAUAUCAUUGAUUUGUAUGGUAAAUUUUCUGAUGAUGGGAAUUAA